CCACCGGGUUUAAAUCUCCGAGCAGAUUUUGACAUAGCUUAACUCUACGCAGAUUUUGGGGGGGAAAGGAUUAACGAAAUCCUCUGAAGAUAAUCUAUUAUCUAUCUCAGGUCAGAAAUUAAAAACAACAACGUAUUGUUCUUAGUUUCUCUGCCAAAAACAGCGGAUUUAAAACACCGAAUAAUUUGGUCACGUCGGCUUUUUAGUACUGGAUUAUGUGAUGCCCUGACUGAAAGAUUAACCAUUAAUACAAUUAGGAGUUGAAGUGGAAUUAAUAAAUCCAACGAAUAAUUAGGUCCCUAGGUAAAUGGUCUCCUAAACCAAAAUAAUGGCCGAGGGUGGGAAUACAACACUGCUGACUUAUGUACGGGAGAAAGAGGAGGCGAGGGAGGAGGUGAAGAGGGUGGAACAGGAACUGGCCGCCACCAAGUCUAAGCUGUACGACGCACUUCAGAAGAUUGACGAACUCAAAGACAAGAUAAAGACACUGGAAGCAAGCAAAGCACCAGCGAAAUCCCAGCCCGCUAAAGCCACCAACGGCAAAGCGAACCCCGGGAAAAAGGCCGCGCCCCAGAGUCAGGGUAAAAAGACUGGGGCACAGGAAAAGAAGCCUUCACUGGUCCCUCCUACAGAUACCUCCCCCUCCAGUAGACCGGGGUCGGGGGUGGUUCGCCAUCCCCCAAUACCAGGGAAAGAGUCCCUCUCCCAGGACUCCGCGCAGUAUUACAGGGAAAUAGGAAAGAUGUUUCCUGACAUUAAGCUAUCUGUAGUCAUGGACGCAGAGAGUAAAUUCAACCAGGCGGACAUCAACGGAGACGGGCAAAUCGAUAAAGACGAGCUGGACAGAGUCCUGACACAGCACGUGACCUUGUUUACCCCCGCCAUGAUCCAGGAACUGAUUAAGGAGAUCGAUCAGGACAACAAUGACACGCUGGAGUUCCCGGAAAUCCUCAUGAUUCUGGAUAAGAUGGGGAAAAGAAGGCAGAAGUUGUCCAAUAUACCGACGUCAAUCCAAGACAACAGUACCAAAGUCUGCUCAAUACAGUAGUGUAGCUGGGACAGUUGUGAGUGGACUCGCUGUAACCUAGACUUAGAGACGUGCAUAGCUAGGAUGUGUGUACUUUAGACAGGCAAUGACUUACCAGCACAAUGGGAAGCUUGAUACAUGAUGCUUCCUAACAUAACUUCAUGUCAGACUCAGUCAUCUACACGUAACUAGACUCGGCAUCACACAAUGCCAUCUCCGCAUUCCUUUGUGGGAACCAUCCGUUUGAACAGUUUAAGGAUCUCAUUGUGACAGUCAGCCAUUUAAAUCCCCAAAAAACCAACCUGUGACAAGAUUUCAGAGCAUAGGGUCGUGAUACAUUUUAAUUACCUUUAAACAGAUAUAUACGUAAUCAAGCCUCUCUGAUUACAUGUCAACAAUUAAUUAAAUCAAGUCAAUGAGGCGACAUUUAUUUACAGGAAGUAGGCCAUGGGCCAAUAAACAGUUGGCGAUGGACAGUAUUUUGUGACAGGUGUUAAAUGUGCUUCUUCAUGAAACCUUUGUCUUUGAUUUAUUUCACAUUGUU